AUGCUGGUGCUGAGCGCACCCUGCCUCCAGCCCCCAGCGCUGCCCUCCGCUGAGGCCAUGGAGGACCCUCCCCCUCGGACAGGCCGGUCCCCAGAACCCGGACCUUCCUCCUCCACAGGAUCUCCCCAGACCUCGUCCCCUCUGAGGCCCAAUCACUACCUGCUCAUUGACACCGAGGGCGUCCCGUACACGGUGCUGGUGGACGAGGAGGCUCAGAGGCAGCCCGGGGCUGAUGGGGCUGCCGCUCAGAAAAAGUGCUACAGCUGUCCCGUGUGCUCCCGGGUCUUCGAGUACAUGUCUUACCUGCAGCGACACAGUAUCACCCACUCGGAGGUGAAGCCCUUUGAGUGCGACACCUGUGGGAAGGCAUUCAAGCGGGCCAGCCACCUGGCGCGGCACCACUCCAUUCACCGGGCGGGUGGUGGGCGGCCUCACGGCUGCCCGCUCUGCCCUCGCCGAUUCCGCGAGGCCGGCGAGCUGGCCCAGCACAGCCGCGUUCACUCCGGGGAGCGCCCGUUUCAGUGCCCGUACUGCCCGCGCCGAUUUAUGGAGCAGAACACACUGCAGAAGCACACCCGCUGGAAGCAUCCCUGAGCCUGGUUGCGGAGAACCCUGGUACCCUGGGAUCUGGGGGAGCCUGGACUCCUGUCGUCCUCAGACACUCAGAGAGCACCCAAAGCUGGCUUUCUGGGCCCUAGACACAAGCACAGACCCACCUGUUGUGGGGGCGGAGCCCUGAGGAAGGAGGCGCUCAGGAGGAAUCUUCCAGUCCUGUGCUUUGGAGACAAGAUGGGAACAAGACCUCACAUUGACCGAGUGGAGUCCUCUAGCCUCUGUGACAUCAGAAAUUCCAAGCUGAGCCCUGACAGGGGAGUGUGGGGGAGACCACUGGGCGUGGAAAUUCUCUGGCCUGAAAGUGGCUGGGGGCCAU